GGAAGCAGACAAAAUGGAAGUGGAAUAUAUUUUUGAAGAAGACACAAAAGAACCUACGAAAAUACAUUUUCAAUUUUCAAGAGAAUUCUGCAUUCAAUUUGGCAUUUCGUUUGUAGCGAAUUUAUUAAUUUUCAUCACUGGAACACAUAUAGGUUGGUUUGGACCAACAAUUCUAAAAUUAUCAUUAAAUACUUCAGAAAUACAAUUAACAUCAUCUGAAAUAUCAUGGUUAACUGCCACGUUACCGCUUGGCGGUGGAAUUGGUCCAGUGUUUGGUGCAGUAUUAGCAAAUAGAAUUGGUCGUAAAAAUACAAUUUUACUAGCAACUAUUCCCGAAAUUAUUACGUGGAUUUUAAUCGCUUAUGCCAAAAAUAUAUAUCAUUUAUGUAUAGCACAAUUUAUUAAGGGAAUAAUUGGAGGUGCUGCAGUGGCUGUUGUACCAAUGUAUGUUGCUGAAAUAUCUUCACCACAAUUUCGUGGAAUUAAUGGAAUGUUUUUUCAAUUACAUUAUACUCUUGGGGCGUUGUUCGAAAUUUUACUUGUGUCAUUUGUUUCUAUAAUGGUUAACGCUUGGAUUGCAUCAAUCAUACCCGUACUUUUAUUUGUAAUUUUCAUAUGGAUGCCAGAAUCUCCGUAUUACUUUUUGAUUAAAAAUGAAAUAGAGAAUGCUAGAAAAUCUUUACGAAUAUUAAAGCAAAGUGAUAAUAUUGAUAGGCAAUUAGAGCAUCUAAGAAGAGUUGUUGUAGAAGAACAAAAUGAAUGGGGUCUUUUAUAA